AUUGGUGGUGGAGGAUGAAUGACAGUUAAAAGCUGUUGAAGAAUGGCCAAUCACUUUAGAAAGAAGAACUCCUCUCUUUCUGGGCAUGGCUGUGGUUGUAUCAUCAACACAAAGGCCAAGGCCCUAUCAUUUCAAGCCCGUUCGCUCUUCCAUCUCUAAAUGCUGCCCUGCUGUUAUUCUUCCAGGAUUGGGCAACAAUUCUGGAGACUACCAGAAGUUGGCGAUGACGUUGAAUGAGUAUGGAGUAUCCGCGGUGGUUGCCAAUGUGUCAAGAUUUGAUUGGUUCAGAAAUGCUGCCGGUUUGGCUGACCCCAACUACUGGCGAGGCACUCUUCGUCCUCGCCCGGUUCUUGAUUGGUAUUUCAAGAGGAUUGAUGAGGCCAUCCAAAAGGCUAAGCCCUUGGCUCAAGGGGGAACUUUAUCCCUGAUUGGACACUCAGCAGGAGGAUGGCUUGCACGUGUCUACAUGGAGGAAUUCGGGUUCUCUGAUAUCUCUUUGUUAUUGACUCUUGGUACUCCCCACCUGCCGCCUCCAAAAGGUUUGCCUGGUGUGAUUGAUCAAACGAGGGGUCUCCUGAACUAUGUUGAAGAAAAUUGCUCAAAAGCUGUUUACACACCUCAACUCAAAUAUGUAUGUAUCGCAGGGAGGUAUAUUCAGGGAGCUCGCUUCUUUGGAAAUUCAAAUGUUGAUAUUGAUUCUGUUGUUGCUAUUGACACUGAACAACCAAUUUCUGAGGUUGCUGUCAUGAACAACGAGACCAAUUCAACAUCAGUUUCAACUGCGUUUCGUGCUAGAUUUAUCGGACAGGGGUACAAGCAGGUGUGCGGGCAGGCUGAUGUAUGGGGUGAUGGAAUCGUGCCGGAAGUAUCAGCCUAUCUCGAGGGUGCACUAAACGUUAGCUUGGACGGAGUUUAUCACUCACCAGUUGGUUCAGACGACAUAUUGAGACCCUGGUAUGGUUCUCCUGCUGUAGUAGAAAAAUGGAUACACCACCUCCUCAACUAGUUAUACCCGAGAUGCUUCACCGAAAAGAAUAAUUAUUCAUGUACUGGUGUACGUAUGAAAUCAUUAUCUCAUUGCAUUGCAUUCUUUUCUUAUGCUUAUUUUGCUAUCAGUAUUAUUUACAUUCUUUCGUUUUGCUGCA